CUUCUCUCGCGAGAUCCACUGAGUCUGUGAGUGUGAGUCGGGGUCCGUUCGUCCUCUCGGUCGUUGGAGCCGAAGUUUGCCGAGUCGCUCCGUGACUUGUCGCCGUCAGACCCGUUGGUUCCGUCUGUUGGACCGUGUUGGUCCGUCGUCACCGCCCCGAGCUGCGGCGGGAAUCUUCAUCCUGAAUCAGCCGUUAUCUGUUAACGGGUCCGCUCACCGGAGCAGCUGAGCUCGUUAGCAGUUAGCGUCUCGUCUCCUCGUCUCCUCCUCUCGUCUCCUCGUCUCCUCCUCUCGUCUCCUCCUCUCGUCUCCUCCUCUCGUCUCCUCCUCUCGUCUCCUCGUCGUCCCGCGGCUCUUUUCACGUCUUUCCGGUGAAACGUGAAGCGACCUCGGGAGCGGUGACGUCACAGAACAUGGAGCCGAAGGGCAGCAGCUAGCGGAGUUGAAGUCCGGAGAAGUCGACUUCGUUUCCCGCUUCCUGUCUUGUGUGUGCGGCUCGAGCUGUGUCCUCCUCCGGGUCACGAUGCCCGCGGACUCCGUCAGAUUCACCCUCCUGCACCGGACGUGUAAGCUGGUGGUGCUGCUGUGUCUCCUCCACCUCUCCGUCACCGUCGUCUUCUACGUCCGCUCCCUGGACCUCCGGGCCCCCGUCGUCCAGAACCAGCAGCCCCACAUCAACCAGACCGUGACCCCGAAACAUGACCAGGACCGGGACCAGGACCGGGACCGGGACCAGGACCGGGACCAGGACCAGGACCACGACCACGUGGAGACGCUGGAGACGCUGAAGAAGCUGGAGAAAUGCCCCGAAACAUCUCCUCUGCUGGUCGGUCCCCUGCGGGUGGAGUUCAACAUGCCGGUGACUCUGGAUCAGAUCAAGAGGAUCAACCCGGACCUGGGGCCCGGCGGACGCUUCAGACCCAGAAGCUGCGUCGCGCUGCAGAAAGUCGCUGUCAUUAUCCCGUUCAGGAAACGUGACGAACACCUGAAGUACUGGCUCUUCUACCUGCACCCCAUCCUGCAGAGGCAACAGCUGGACUACGGAGUCUAUGUCAUCAACCAGGACGGAGACGUGGUCUUUAACCGGGCCAAGCUGCUGAACGUGGGCUACAUGGAGGCGCUGAGGGAGUACGACUACGACUGUUUCAUCUUCAGCGACGUGGACCUGAUCCCCAUGGACGACCGCAACACUUACAGGUGCUUCAGUCAGCCGCGACACCUGUCGGUGUCAAUGGACAAGUUCGGCUUCAGGCUGCCGUACAACCAGUACUUCGGAGGCGUCUCGUCGAUGAGCAAAGAACAAUAUCUGAAGAUCAACGGCUUCCCCAACAACUACUGGGGCUGGGGAGGAGAGGACGACGACAUCUACAACAGGUUGGCGUCUAAAGGAAUGUCCAUCUCCAGGCCCGACGGCGAGGUUGGAAAGUGUCGGAUGAUCCGACACGAGAGAGACAGACAGAACGAGCCGAACCCUCAGAGGUUCGACCGCAUCGCUCACACCAGAGACACGAUGUACAAGGACGGGAUCAACUCUCUGUCCUACAAAGUGGUGAAGAUAGAGAAGUUUGACCUGUUCACUAAGGUCACAGUGGACGUGGGGAAACCGUGACGUGGCAGUUGUCAGCGGGGGUCAGUGGGGGUCAGCGGUGGUCAGGAGCUGACGCUGGAGGAGCAGAUGCUCCGGACUCAGACAUUUUCUUUGAUUCUGUAGUUUUUGCACAAACCGACAGACUGGGGGUUUGUGUUGUUGUUUUUUUCUCUGUGGGGACUCUUCUCUGAUUGGACACAACUGUAACCAAUCAGCUGCCUCCGUCUGUCGGUCAGACGCUGCAACACUUUUAUUUUGAACAGUCAGACAAUCAGAACAGUGACGACGUGUCCUGAUGUGAGCUGGUGGGUUUAGAUCUGGUCUGGUCCUGGUUCUGGUCCUGGCUCUGUUCAGUGAUCUGGACUCUGAUGAUCUGGUUCGGGCUCUGAAUGAAUUCUGAUCUCUCAACUUUUCAAGUAACAAACAAAAGCAACAUGUUCAUGUGAAACGAUCUGAACUCAUGGUUCCAGUGACCACAUCUGGACUGGUUCUGGUUCAGGUCUGUGGAUCUGAGACCUGCACUGGGGAAGAGUCUCAGGACCGAGGCCUGGACCCAAAAUCCAAUGUCCUGAGUCUCUGAUCCUGGUCAGUGAACUAGCGAUGAUCUGACAUUACUUUACAGAAACUGGAUGUGGAACUGGUUUCACUUCAGAUCUAAACGUGUGUGUGUGUGUGUGUGCGCGCGCGCGUGUCGUUAGUUAUUGAUGUGCAUGUUUGAUCUUUGAUAAAUGUUUGUUUUUUAAAUCCCAAAGUUGAUUUGAAUGGAACCAGUUUAUUUAAUGUCUGAAACCGGAUCAGCUCAAGACCAGAACCUGAGGAUCAGUCCAGUGAUCAGGGGUCUCAUUUAUAAAACUGUGAAUAGAAUCCUUAUUAAAAGUCUACGUGCGCCAAAAAGCCUAAAAUGCCGUACGCCAAAAAAUAUUCAGACUUAUAAAACCGUGCGUACGCACACCUGUGCACAAUUCUCCUUUUAUAAAUCACAUAAAAGUGUGCGUACGUGAAUCAGCCUCAUCUCCCGCCCUGUACACGCCCAUUUUAACCAUAAAUAGUCAAUACAAAUCACGUCAUGGAUGCUGAUCCGUAUAUUAAUGACCCUGGCUUCCAAUUGGUCUUUCGUUCCGACAGGUGAGGACAAAAACACAAACCUCACUUCUCAGUCAGUGAGCAGCGAAGUACGAAGAAACAGAGUUGCAGUAGUGAAGUUGCAGUCUGUCUACAUGCUGCAGUUUAGUUUAGUAGAUACUUUAUUUAUCCCGAAGGAAAUUCGAGUGUCUCAGGGCGAAGGGGAAGUGUCUCUGUGUUGUGCCUGUGUUGAAGAAGUAUGAGAAGUUGGUCACCGGAGCAAGAAAAAAGAGGUGUGAGCGUGUGUGAGGCGUCAAUCGCUCUUCUCACAUUUACUUUCUACAAUCUGUCAGUUCACGACCUCCCCGUCUGUGUCACUUAUUCCCCUCAUCUCCAGAAUGUGCUCACGCCGUACGCACGGGUCAGAGUUUGCUUACGGUGCAAACAUUCUCCCGCCAAGUUUGUUUUUUAUAGAUCACAACCUUUGCGUGGGAAGUGGCGUACGCACAUUUCCAGCCAAGUUUGAUGCAUACGCCACGUUUAUAAAUGAGACCCCAGAGCUGCUGAUUAGUUUCUGCAGCUUUGUCUUUUUUUGAUUGAUUGAAU